GAACAUAACCCCACACAUCGGAACAAGAAGAUAAGAUGGAAAUUAAUACAAAACCCAAAUGAAUUCAAGAUAAUUGUUAGGGUUUUAGAGUAUAUUCUUCUCCAUGUCUAACUGAUUCCCCUCCUUUAAAUCUGAACUCAGAAAUGGAAGUUUUCUCUCUUUUUACUACCAUAUUCAAUGGCUCAAACUCUUACACUCCACUCAAUUUCUUCACCCCACUGCAAAAUUUCUGUGGGGAUUCACUGUCCAAUUUAAAGGCUAAAGGAAGAUUUAGUAGAAUAAAUUGUAGGAACAUUCGGGUUUUGUCGUCGCAUUCCAACCCCAAAAUUGUGAAGCGCAAUCGCAAAUCCAGGUAUGGACAGCCAGUAUCGCCUUACGACAGCGAAGAUGACGACGAUGGUGGUGGUGACGUGGAUGACGAUUGGAUUUCUGAUGAUGAGUUUGCAGAUGUCAAAAUUUCUGAAGCUGAUAGACAAUGGUUAAAUAUGCAGAAUUCAACCAAGAUGAAACAAGGUAUUUGUAAGUCUUUGGGUAUUAUUGUAGAUUUUGAAGUAGAGUUAUGCGAAGUUUGUGGUUCAGAGUCCACGCUUUAUUAUUAGAAGAAGGGGUUUAGAUAUAAAGCCAUUUGGCAGUGAGGUCCAAUCGAACAUGCGGAUUCCAUUUGA